AUUUUAUUUUAAUUAUAAAAGAACAAAUAUUUUAUUCGAAAUAGUUUUUAAAAAAUGUUAAAAAAGUACGACUUAUGAUGAAUAUUCUAAGAUCAUUUAAUCGAAUAAGUACUUUAACAAACGAAUGUAUUGUGCCUAAAAUGAUUAUUCAGAGAACUCUGAGUAAUUCUGCUAGGCUAUGUCAUGGAGAAUAUGAACAUCAAGACCCGAAAUCUGAAGAUGAAGUUGUUAAUAUAACGUUUAUCUUAAGUAAUGGAGAAAAAGUUCCUGUACGUGGUAAAAUAGGGGAUAAUGUUUUAUAUUUAGCACAUCGAUAUGAUAUUCCCAUGGAAGGUGCUUGUGAAGCUUCUUUAGCAUGCACAACAUGUCAUGUAUAUGUUCACAGAAAUUUUCAAGAUAAAUUACCAGAAGCCUCAGAAACUGAGGAAGAUUUGUUAGAUUUAGCCCCAUUUUUAAAAGAAAACUCUAGAUUAGGGUGUCAAAUUAUUUUAACAAAAGAGCUAAAUGGUAUAGAAUUAGAAUUGCCAAAAGCAACCAGAAAUUUUUACGUUGAUGGGCAUGUACCUAAACCUCACUAGUAAUCAUUUAGUGAAGAAAAUAUUUGUUAAAUUUGUACAGCAUGUUCAAAGUGAAGUUUUGGAAAUAAUGAUUACAUAAUUAAAAACUACUUUAUCAAAAAUUGGUUUAAUGUAACAUGAAAAGUAAUCUGUAAAACAUUUAAAGAUUAUUUUCACAUUUUUUUUGCUUAGAAUUAAUUUGUUUUAAUUUAUAAAAAGCCUUUAUUUCCAACAAUUCCGUUGAUUUUAAGACGAGCUCAAAUUAUAACUCAGC